AUGGAAGGAACAGAUUCCAAGGACAUAUCCGAUGGGGCCCCGAAGUUAUCCAGACUUCCCAGCAAAGACAGGGCUGGCAAGAAGAACAUGAAGGUGGCCGGCAAGUUCGUCCAGGCAUCCACGGAAAACCUCGCCCGAAAGAGCAGGAUGAAUGAUUUCCUCAAAAGCAUCUACCUGGCCAACUUCAUGGCAGCUGUGGUUCUGGUCGAUGCGUACUGUACCUGUGUAGACAUCGACGCAACAGCUGCUGGUACCCAACCACCGGAGAUCAGCUCAUUGAUUUCAAGCCUCUGCCUGGUGACGUAUACUCUCGAAAUCGCCGCCUUGCUAAGCGUCUUCGGCGUGAGAGCAUCUUUCAGUGACUGGUUCAUGGCGCUGGAUCUUAUCAUCGUCGGCUGCGGCUGGGCAGAGGAGAUCAUCUCCGUCUUUUCGGAUGGAGGGCUCAAUUUCCGCACUGCUGUCUUGCGGGCAUUGCGCCUGGUGCGAAUCUUCCGGCUCGCACGUGCGUUGAAGCGGAUCCGCCCUUUGAGGGAGUUGUACAAGCUUGCCAUUAUGAUGGCCACCUGCUUUCGAGCGCUUCUCUGGUGCUUCUUGUUGUGCUUCGUAGUGAUGACUGUCUGGGGCCCCUUUGGUACUGCCUCCUGGACAAGCUUCCUGGCUAUGUCCUCGGCUGGGGUGGGUGCACUGCUUUUCCUUUGCAGUGCAGCGAAAAGUGCUCUGCAGAAUCGAAAGAAUGGUUUCAAGAAGAAGGGCAAGACGUUCAAGAUCAUGGCUUGCAGAAAGGUCGGUCGGAUACGCGUUCGCCACUGCCGAUGGCGACGAUGGUAUCAUCAACCUAGAUUCCGGCGUAAGCGACGGCUCAAACGUCUCAGAAGAGCUUUUGCAAAGCGCCAUCUUCGAAAGGUGGAUUCGGAUCCCUCUGUGAUCACUGGCCAGGUUCCGCUUGGGAACUUUUCGGUGAAUGCAAAAGGCAUCCAGCACGUGCACUACAACUACGAAGGUUUUGACCUUCGUGGGGGAGGAAAAGGCAAGGGCCACGUUGAGGCCGCUUCUCAAAGUGACCUUUUGUUCAAGGCCAUCACCGAGGUCCUGGUCAAAUUCCGUGUGGACCGCAGUGAUGGCCAACAAGGCCCGCGAUCUAAGGAUAAGCACCAAAAGACUUUCUUCGAGGCUCUGCAGCAAUCCCUGGAUCGCUACAGCCGGAAGCCUCACGACAAGCUGAUACAGUCAAUCACCUCCAUUGUGGAAGCGGCCAAGGCGGGGAAACUUUCCAUGGACAAGCCAAAUCCUCGUGCAGAUGAUGUUCCAGACAAAGGUGGAGGGAAAGGUGCAGGAAAGACGACAGGAAAGGAGGACAAGCACGAGGAUAAGAGCAAGAGCAAGGGCAAGGGCAAGGCCAAGCGCGACAUCACAGAGUCCAAGACCGACGAGGGCGACACAUGGACACAGGUGGUGAGGAGAAAGCCGAAGCCGAAACUCACAUUGCAUCAUGCUGCUUGGGGGCCAGACAAAAUCAUCGAGGAUGAAGUCCUUCGCAAAACCUUGGAGCAAGGGCAAUGUCCGACGGGGGCGGCCUCACUUUGCAGGUCAACGGAUUUUGCCAAGCAGUGCCGAGACCUUGCGGCUCUGCAUGGCAUAAAUUGUAAGGUGGCCAUCUUGACGCAAGAGGACCCUGGAGGUGCAACUCAGAUGACCUUCACGGUGUGUUCUUCAAGUGCUCCUUCGCUUCAAAAGCUGUACGUGCAGCCACUGGUGAAAGACUUGCCCGUUAUGCCUAAGAGCCCAGUAUCCAAGAGUACCCACAAGCCCACCGAGAUUCAGCUCCAGGUUUUCAGGAUUACCGUGCCCGCCAUGUUCGUGGACAAAUCCAAGUGGCAGCACAUCAACGCUUCUCCACAGAGGGCGCUACAAUCUUUGGUCGAGGCGCCCGAGAUACACAGCACCUAUGGAUGGAAGCAGUCCACGAUAGGAUCGGGAGACCGGCGCACCACUCUUCUGGAAGGAUUUGCGAAGUUGACGACGCACGGGGCUUCGCAGCUUCAGAACAACAACGGCAAGGAUGGCAUCUUUGGCAGGCCCUUAGCACAGCAACAGAGUGAAUUCUGUAAGCAACCUGUGCAAUGGCUCGACAAGAAUAUGGACGACAAUUACCUCACGUAUUUCUUGAAGUGCAAAAAUCAAGCUUACUCUGCUAAGCUUCCGCUUGCAUUCCGCACAGGAGGAGGAGCGUGUUUGGGUCUCCGAUACACGGGGGAUUCCAAGCCACCGGCUACUGCUGUGGCCUGGCGAGUCCAAGGUUCUCCUUCUUGGUUUCGCGAUGCUGAACUCCAAGAGGCUCUCUCGGGGGCCGGAUGGACGGAUGUGCACAUCAUUCUUCCCCCGCAGGGCCGAAAGCCUUGGAUGAUCAAGGCCAAGGCGCCUAAUGACUCGGAGGGCACAGUUCUUGGGGUAGAAGUGGGGGACCACACUCUGUGCCUCACAAGGGUGCCGCCUCGUGCCCCGCAAGUGGUGGGCGUUACACCCGUUCGUCCCGCUCGGCAACUUCGGUCAAAGCAAAGCUCGAUGCCCUUCACCACGUCGCAGGAAAUGGAGGUGGAGGAGAAGCAGUUGGAGGACGAUGUCAACAUGGACCAGUCACGACAACAUGACGGUGCAGAGGACACAAAGAAAAGAGAGCCACCGGUGAAGAAUAGCCCGCCAAGGAAGAAAUCAAAGGAUGUACCUUCCUUGUUUGGCUACUCGCUUAAGGAUUGCGGCGCGGAAGGGGCUUGCGGCUACAACAGUCUGGCUUUUGCGUUUUGGUUGUCAAACAACCUUGACAAGGCCCACCCUUCCGACGAUGAGAUCAAAACUAUGGGCCGGACGCUCCGUCAGCAAGUUCAUCAGCACAUAUGCAAACAUCAGGGCAAGUACUCCAAGGAUUGGGUAGCCGACCCCCGUUGGAGCGUCGAGACUGAGGGUGGCGAGGUCCCAUCCACAUUCGAUGGAUGGCUUCUCUCACUUCUACGACCGCAGCGGUGGAUAUGCCAGACAACUUUACAAGCAGCGGCCAACAGACUGGGAGUCAACAUCACGGUGUUAGUCAACAAUGGCGGUGACAAGAGGGCGGUGUUGAUUCCUUGCCAACAGACGUUUGCAAACACGGUCGUGUUGUACCUGAAGGACAAGCAUUACCAAGCUGUUAUUCCCACCAAAAAGGCAUGGCCCUUGGAGUGGACUACUUUGGCGGAAAAGCUUGGUGACAUCCCCCGUGGAGGACGGUGCCUUUGCGUCGUGGAUGCCUUCAUCCACGCCGCGGGGGCAAAGUACGCCAAUGGCCGAGACGGACGCGAACGUGAAGAGGCCCAGACUUGCAGGCACAAAGACAUCCCCUUGGAGGACAGGGCCACGCUCAUCAAUCGCACGGCGAUCGUUGAAGCAAGCUGUGACAUACCGGAGGAGGAUAGAGACUGGGAAUGCCCAUUCUGCCACAAGUGGCUUCCAAAGUUCGCCAACUACCAUCAGAAGCAGAAGAAUGUGCGGCACCACUACGACACCAUGCACCCGCGCAGGGACACCAGUAAUGGUGCCAUCCAGAAGGCGAGGCAGAGAAUUUUCAAAAAGGACCGCUCCAAGUGCCCCAACUACGUGGAGGGCUACAAGAAAGUCUCCGCCAAAAACAAGGCGAACCGCAAGCGCAAUCUCCAACUUGGAGGCCAUACCAUGGUCCCCUUCCAGCCUGUUUGGGCUGAAUGGCCACGGACUACAAAACGAUCGAGCACGACUCGCAAAGGACUCCUGUUCACAUGCACAACGUGUCGGACCAUAGGCAACUACAACAAGCACAACUGGAAAAAGUGCCUCGGCCCGUCCUCUUUGCCCACUCCUCGAGCCAGACUGCGGUGGAAAGAGAUCCGUAAGUCUACUGCCAACACCAACGUGCUCCUCAAGUGCUGGGGCACCACCAAGGCUGAGGCGGACUCACACUUCUCUCGCCUCGUCCAGGAAGGGGUGGAGCCGCAGCCUGGACCUCAGCCUCAGACAAUGGUCGCCGACGACAGCGAGGACGGCGGCGAAGACGAUGAUGAUCCAGACCCUGGUGGAGGCGGAAAAAGCACAGCCCCGCGCUCCUCUGCAACUUUGACUUCAGUAAACGUUCGCGAUGCGCCGGGCUUGUGGCGACUGCUGAAGCUUCUGGAGGGCGAGCCGAACAUUGCGGACAUCGUUUGCGUACAAGAGCCUUGCGUGCAACUUUUGGAGUCCAAGACCGUGCUCUCCAAGUUCCAAAGUUUGGGCUACAAGGCGUACUUUGCGGAGGGCGAGACCGGCAAGAAGGCGACGGGUGGCUGCAUUACAGCAAUUCGUGCUUCGAUACCGCACAAGUUGGUGGCGAGGUAUGCAGGCCACCCACAUCAGCACAUCCUUCUGGAACUCACGUCCCUUUUGGUGGUCAAUUCAUACAUUCCGCCCCGAGCUCACAUACAGCAUGAGGCACGUCAAACUCUGGGAGAACUCCUGCAUGGUGCCAGAGCGUCCGCUGGUGGACGGCCUUGGUUGGCGGUCGGCGAUUACAACAUGCUACCAGUUGAGAUGGAGGCGGUCUUCGACUUGCACGGAGGCAGCCUUAUCCAUAAGGAGACUCGCUACAACAGCACGCGCCACAUCGACCAGAUCUGGAGCAAUGCGACAGGGACGAUUGGCAGCGCCAGGACUUUGCCCUUCAAGAUCAGCGAUCAUAAGACCUUUCAGCAGCCUUACAACGCCGAGACCGCCCAGGCCCUGAACAACUGGCGAAGGGAUGCCGGCACAAUGGCGCAGCGCAAGAGAAGCAACUGGCUGUCUCGAGCUUCUCGGAUGGUCGAGCUGAUGCAGAAGGCUCGUCUUCCCUUCAAGGACGAGCUGGAGGCGGAGAUAAAGGCCAUCGAAGCGCAACAAGCCCAGGAUGAAGCAGCUUCUAAACAGCAGCAAAUCUCCCAAUGGCGGCAUAGCACGCAGCACGAUUUGAAGGCCAGAUGCAAGUGGCUGGGUCGCAACUCCCAGCUCAGACCGACUGUCAUGCACAACGGACAGCAGCUCAACAAGGACCAAGAGGUUCUGGACGCUGUGGCUGCGCACUGGCAAGACGUUUGGAAGGCUUGCAAGCAGGAGCCUGCCGAACCAAAGAUUGCGUUCGUCCUCGACUAUUUGCCUCAGCACGAACCUCUGCACGGCAGGCCCAGCUCGUCGGAUUUCCUGGAAGCCUGGCAGCAGCUUGGCGGUGCAGCUGGUCCCGACGACUGGCUCCUCUCAGAGCUGCAAGUGCUUCCACCAGGGGUUGCGGAGCUCUUUGCUACCGUUACUGAGACCUGGGAGGUCGCAGGCUGCACGCCUUCAGCUCUCAAGUACAGCCGCCAAGUCAACUUAGUGAAACCUCACAAGAUGCGUGAUGGCAGCACCAAGAGUUCAGACCUUCGUCCCAUCAACGUGUACUCGCUUUGGUAUCGCUGGUGGAGUGGGGCCUGGGCCAAAAGUAAGAUCGUCAGAGUGUGGCGGGGUCGCGUUAUGCCCGCUGCUAUCACUGGCGGCAUUGGCAGCCCAGGGUCGGAGCAGUUAGCGGCCAAGUUGCAGGACUCCUUUUCCGAGCAGGGUUUUCUUGCAACAUUGGACUACACUCUGGCCUUUGACCACGUGAUCCCGGAAGCCAUCACCCGCGGUAUGGCUCGCAUGGGUUUGCCAGUUCAGCUGGCGAACACCCUGCUGAAUCAAUGGUCACACCAGAAGCGCAUCCUGCAGUGGAAGGCCAGCUCUUCGCCAAAGCUGCCAGAAACGGACAUGUCGGUCCCCCAAGGGGACGCGCUUUCUCCCCUGGCCCUCAACAUCCUUAUGCUGUCGGGUUUCAACUUCACGGAAGCACGAUGUCCUGUUCCGCUCGGUGAUCGAUUGCAUGUGGUUUACAUGGAUGAUCGUUCAUGGACGACAAAGCAAGCUUCAGUGUUAGUGCAAACGCUGCGCACGUGGCAUGAUUUCAGCAGGAGAGCUGGCCUCCGUGAGAAUGAGGCCAAGACCCAGAUCACUCACACAGAUGCUGAGCGCCACAGAGAGCUGCAGCAGGAGUUGGCUGACGACCCUGUUUUGUUGCAGGCAGUCACUGCCUCUGCGGUAGUCUUGGGCUGCUGCACUACAGGGACCGAUGAAAGGGACGCUCAGCCCAAGGAGCUCCAGCGACUGGCUGAUGCCAAGCUAAUCUGCGGCCGCAUCCGCUUGCUUCCUUUAGGGCAUCAGGCAAAGAUGGAUACAGCUCGUAUUAUGGGAAUCAGCAAAGCAGUCUACGGCUGGGUUGCUUUCUCCCCUUCUGACUCUCACGCCAAGGUUUUGGACCAGGCGCUGCGUGCGACAAGUGAGGCCUUUAAGGAUGGGUCGGUUCACCUGCACAAUGUUUUGAAUCUUGGAGCUCUGCCCGUCACAGGCACAGUAAGCUUCGUGAACAAGCUGUGGCUUUUCUUCAGCAGACUGGAUGGCAGCUUCAACGAGGAGUGGAGGCUGUUCACUGCUUCUAGCCGACGGGAUGCUCUUCCUUUCCGCCGCACGCAUUAUGAUUCUGCAAGGAUAGGUUCCUUUGUGAGCCCUGCCGCUUUUGGCAAGCGGCCUGACGCGCGGUUUGGAUGGCCAAGGCACAAGCACGACCUGCAAGUGCUCGAAGCAAUGUCGCUGACAGUCGAGGAGAUGCACGCAGACAUGGACCGCGACUUUUUCAAGGCUUGCCAUCCACAGUGUACGAAGGCAGUCUCUACCGUAAUGGAUGCAAACUUGUUGCUGUUCAAGACAGUUAUCGCGGGCGAUGCUUGGGGUGAGAUUGCCGUUCCCGUCAUUCAGGAGCAUCCAGCAACUUUCAUCAUUUUCAUUGGCUCUUCAUUGACGCUGGUCUUUGGAGUUUUGAACCUUAUUGUGGCGGUGGUGGUGGAUACCUUUGCAGAAUCUCGGCAGAGCGAUGUUCAAAGCCUGGCAGAGGAGAUGGAGGAUGAGAUCGAACAUGAUCGAGCAGCCCUGGGGAAGCUGUUUGCCCGAAUGGACCGAGAUAGGAGUGGAAAGCUCCUGGGCCCUUGUGAAGACAAGCUAGGGUUUAGGGGUUUAGGGCUUUAG